UUUGCUUUUUUUUUUUUUUUUUUGAUAAGCUUUCUCCUUGCUCUUGUUAAACAAGAAGAAGAAGAUCUACUGUUAUUUUAUCCUCAUAUUUGUUUCUCUGCUUCAUGAAAGAGAGUAUGAGUGAUCUCCAGAACCCAUUGAAGGCUAGUAAUCCGGCUCCAUCAGUUCCAGUAGAAGAAGCCAACGAAGAAGCUCAGGUAUCCAGGGAUGGUCAUGUCAAACCACAAAGCUCACCCUUGCAAGAUAUUCAGCAUGAAUGCCUUGACAAAGAAGCAGCUUCGCAAGGCAAGUCGGUGGAUGAUAAUGUAAAGGAAAGUCAUGGUGGGUGGGAUGCAGUGGAGGAGGAUUAUGGACGUGAGAGAAUGAAGAGACAUAGAAUUGAGGUUGCAGGAAGGGUUUGGAUUCCUGAUAUAUGGGGUCAGGAGGAAGUCUUGAAGGAUUGGAUUGAUUGUUCUGCAUUUGAUGCUUGUUUAGUACCUAAUGGCAUUGUCUCUGCUCGUGCAUCUUUGGUUGAUGAGGGAAGGAGAAUCAAUUCCACCGGAUUAAGGAUAGAAAAUAGCUGUUGAAUAUUUUUGUAAGGUUUUUUUUUUUAAAAAUUUCAUUUGAGUAACUAUGGAAAAAAUACAUAUG